AUGAACCCCCGCGGCUGGAGCUGCCUGCACCUCAUCGGCUCCGGCAACGAUGGCAGCCCUUGCAGCAAGGCCACGAUCGUGAACAAUGACAUUGGACCGUGCGGCCAGUCCGGCUACAAUGACCAGGGCCAGGGGCUCUGGGCGGACGGCAUCUCUCUCGACUGCACCGAAUCACUCGUCCAAGGCAACACGAUCAAUGGUCCUACGGAUGGCGGCAUCGUCAUCUUUGGCUCACCAGGCAGCACAAUCAACAACAACACCAUCACCUCAGCCUCUGACUAUCUUGGCUUCGGGGCCAUCAACAUGGUUGAUGGACAAUACCAAGGAGGCUACUCGGGCGUCAAGGUGACAAAUAAUAGAAUCCAGGGCAGCAAGAUCUUCAACCUCGGUAUCGGUAUCGGGGCAAACGUGUGGUCCUUCAACGACCCGUACGCUCUCCAUGGACCAGCCAAGAUUACCGGCAACAGCUUCAGAGGGCACGUUGUGUUCCCAAUGGCGAUCAAUGGAUGGACCGGCGGCAUCACAGUUACUGGAAACGAUGCGUCGGGGGUUACCAAGCCCAGGUCGAGAUUUUCCGACGCAUCACACUGUGUGGACGCAACCCAGCAGGUAUUUGGCCAAAAUUCCAAUUUCGUAUACUAUCCUGCCGGUGUCACGAGCUCAAAGAACUUGCAGUCCGAGUUUGUGGGGUCCGGUGGUAAUAUGACCAACUUUCUGUGCAGUAGUCUACCUCUUGCCGACACCAAGACGUUCCAAAAGGGCCAGCUCGACAUCGUAUCCGACUCUGGACCAUUUGCAGAUCUGCACGGCGUGACAGCGCAAUACCAGGAUGACAACAACAUCGUGGUGCUGCAGGGUGGCCGGCCCGUGUGGGCGAGCGGACACACCCUCAGCCAAGGCUGCGGCAAGCCCAGCGGAUGCCGGAUGCGGUUCGGCACGGAUGGAAACUUGGGGACGUAUUACAACAAUGCGCUGCAAUGGGGCUCGAAUACGGGUGGUCGAGGAAGCACGAUGUUGGUGAUGAACAAGGCGCCCUGGAUCCAAAUGAAGGAUGCGUCUGGCAAUGUGAUCUGGGACACUACCAAGAGCAGCUAG